CUUUUUAGAUUUUUUAGAUCAAAGAAACAGUAUUUAUGCAAGGUAGAUUAUGGAGAACUACAAUGAUGCACAUCGGCUAUUCCUACAAAUUUUUAUUUCCAGAAAGUUAAUGUUAACUGAUGACGCUUUGCAGUUAUAUUUGAAAGUGGGAGAGCAAGUUGAAGUUGACACUCCUCCAGACGAGUUUUUUAGUUUUGUUAAAACUAUAAACAAGAAAUUAGAACCACUUUUGAUGGAGUUAAGACAAGGAAGAGCUGAAGAAUCUGGAGAAAUGUUUUAUGCACUGGUUAAUUGCUAUGAAGAUGAGCAUUCGAAGCUUGCAACAAAUUUUUUGCCACAAGAAAUUGAUUACAUAAAGAAAGUGAUUGAGCUUAUUGUGCUAUCUGAUGAAGGUGUAGUGUCUUCAAUCGAUUUAAUCAAUGCUGGUCAUGAUUUAACCAAACGAAUAACGACACACGCAGCAGAAGAAAUUUUGAGUCAGCUUUCAUCAGAGAGAUGGCUUGCCGAGCAUCAUGGCAAAAUAUCACUGGGAGCGAGAGCUGUCAUUGAAUUGGGCCAGUACUUAAAAAUGAAAUUUAAAGAUCACAUAAACGAAUGUACUCUAUGUCACGAUUUUGUCAUAUCGGGCGACAUGUGUAUUAAUUGCGGUAUCAAGAUUCACAAGUAUUGUGCAGCUACUAACUUCACAAAUAUACAUGCUUCGAAACGGAAAUGUCCUUCCUGUAAAGAAGUGUGGGAGAAUAAUCUUAUGAAGUUACCAAAAAGUAGGGACAGUGGUGCAGCUGGACAAGCGGCAGCACUUAGAGAAGUACAGGUAGUUCCUUCUGCAGCUUCUUCAAAACCUUCCAAGAGAGCAAAACGGUCCAGGUGAUCUGUUGGAAGUUUUGGAAAGUCUUUUUCUAACAUGUAUAUAUAUUUAAUGUAAAUAGAUUUUGUAACAUAAUUUGUGCAACUUUUUCCUAAAUGGAACUUGAAAAAAUUUUUAGGUUA